AGGGCAUUGGCCCAAAUCCCUAUGUCACGGCCUUCCAUAUGAAUAAUGCGAUCCGUCCUCCUGCUGUUGGUGCAGGCCACCCUAGCCAUCCACGAUCAUAGUGGCCUUGUGGCGGUCGCCGUGGACCAUGUAGGCCGCACAGAGACGAACUCGACGGUCGGCGAAAGCUCCGUACUGAACUUCUCGACAGUGGGUAGAUUGCUGCGGCGAGAUGUGAAGUUUUCACUGGCGGCGCUCCCUCCGGACUUGGAGACGGAGUCGAGGACGGGUGGCCACACUGGCCACGGGCUUCGUGGGGGUCUUGGUCUACAUGGCGGUGGUGGUAGGCCUUUCUUCGAGCGAGGCAAAGGCGAACUCGGAUGAGGACCGGAGCUUGAUGUCUGCGCUGCCAGAAGCAGUGCCCUGGAUGAUUCUCUCCAUGAGCCUGUCCAUCUUCAACAAGUGGAUCUUCCUAUCUUCCGGCGGGGACUUCCCGUUCCCCAUGACCUUGUCCUGCUGCCACAUGGGCGCGACCACGGUGUCGCUGCAUCUGCUGCGCCUCUGGCGGCCCCAGCUCUUCCCCCACUGGAAGCUGAACUGGGAGCUGGCGCGGAUCGCGCUGCUGGUGGGAAGCCUGCUGGCGGUGUCCGUGGUCUUGUCCAACUCUGCGGCCGUGCUGCUGUCGGUGGCCUUUGUGAACAUGCUGAAAGGCGGCAACCCGGUGGUGGCGCUGUUCCUCAGCCUGGUGCUGGGCCUGGCGCUGUCGAAGGCCACGCAGCUGCUGUGGCCAGUGCUCAUCAUCAUGACCGGCGCCAUUGCCACAAUCCACGGGGAGCUGUACUUGAGCCAUCUGGGCCUCGCCUUGCUGGUGACCGCGAUCCUGGUAGAGCAGUUCCGCCUCAUCGUGUUUAAGUCCAUGAUGUCCGGUGGGCAUUCCCUGGACCCGCUGUCAGCCCUUGCGCUCUUCGCCCCCGUGGCGCUCUGCGGCACCCUGCCCUGCGCGGCCUACGAGUGGCGCCACUCCGCCGCCGCGUCCGACGCUUCCCGAAGCGGCGCGGUGCAGGUGGCGGCCCUGGCGCUCAACGCCAUGGUGGCGGUCAGCCUGAACAUCGCCUAUUCCCGGCUGCUGAAAGUGGCCAGCCCCGUGACCUUCACCGUCUUCGGCACCUUCAAGGACGUGACCACGGCCGGGCUCUCGCUGCUUGUCGUGGGGGGCGUCGUGACGCCGCAGCAGCUCUGCGGCUACGGGGUGACUCUGAUCGGGAUGGUGUACUAUGAUCGAAUCAAGCAAUCCCAGUGAGAUCCAGAGAUGGGAGAUGCGUGGAAGGUUGA